AUGCCCUCGGCUUGCCCCGUCUCGCCCCGUAGGGCCGUGCCCGCGACCUCGCCGGCGGUGGCCAUGGCGCCGCCGUCCCUGCCCGCCGCGCCGCCGCGGUCCCGCCGCUCGCGUGCCCACGCGCGGUCCACGGUGGACCGCGGCCCAGCGCCCCGUGCGGCCGGUCCACGUGGACUCGGUCCACGUAGCCGCCAGCGCCGCCCCCGCGCCCGGUCCACCAUGGACCGGUGGACCGCCACCCCCUCCCCCGGUCCACAGCACAGUGCCGUGGACCGGCCACUCCCGAGCCGCCACGUGGCCGAGCCGGCCAGCACCCCCGCGCGCCCCUGCCGCUUUGCGAAAAGGCCCCUGCCUUUCUUUAAAAUUAACCCGCGGCCCGGCUGA